CCGUAUUCAUUUCUCACAAACCCUAACGUUGUUUUUCUGCCUACACUCUGCCGCUCAUCUUCUUUCUCGAAUCUACAGCAACAAUGGAGUUUUGGGGUGUUGAAGUUAAAAGCGGUCAGCCGCUUGAGGUAAACCUUGGUGAAGGCAAGGUUUUGCAUCUUUCACAGGCUUGUCUUGGAGAAAUCAAGAAGGACAAAUCAAACGAGUCUGUUUGCUUGCAUAUCACUGUUGAGGAGAAGAAGCUUGUUCUAGGAACACUUCAUUCUGAGAGGUUGCCUCAGCAACUAUUUGACUUGGUUUUUGACAAAGACUUUAAGCUGUCACAUAACUGGAAAAAUGGCAGUGUUUACUUCUAUGGAUACAAAGCUGAUCAACCCAGUGAUGAUCAUGAUGACUCUGAAGAAUUUGAUUCUGAAGAAGAAGAAGAUGCUCUUCAACUUCCAAUUCCUAAUGGAAAGCAGGAGGCAAAGAAGGAAGAGAAACCAGUGGUACCAAAUAAGAAGGAUCUUGCACCCAAAGUUCCUGGUAAGCAGCAUGUGAAGAUUGUGGAACCUGAGAAGGACACCAAAUCUGAAGGAAAUGAUUCUGACGAUGAUGACAGUGAUGACUCUGAUGCAAUGUCUGAAGACUCUGAUGAUGAUGAGGAGAACGAGGAUUCAUCUGAUGAUGAGGAAGAAGACAGUGAUGAGGAGGAAGAGACACCAAAGAAGCAACAAUCUGGAAAGAAGAGACCAAAUGAGUCUGCAAUCAAAACCCCUGGCACUGACAAGAAGGCAAAACUGACUACCCCUCAAAAAACUGAAGGUAAGAAAGGUGGUCAUGUAGCCACACCUCACCCAUCAAAGCAGGCUGCAGCUAAGACCCCGGCAAACAAGUCAAAUCAGAAAAGCCCGGCAUCCGAGGGUGCGGUUUCUUGCAAGUCCUGCAACCGGAGCUUCAAAACAGAUAGUGCACUUCAGUCUCAUAACCAGGCCAAGCACAAGUAAAUGGUGAAGUUGGGAUUCAGACUCAGGGUGGCAGAUUUUGUUGGAGAGUGAGGGUAGAAUCUUAUUUGGUGUCAUUUAGUAGGUUUGUUGUUAGUUAUUAAAAAAGAUGCCAUCCUAAUUCUGUCUUUUGGAGGUGUUACAUUUGAAAGAUGGCAAUUGUGCUACCACCUACCCACAUGUUGGAUUUUUAUGGUAGUUUUGCUUGAAGUGUCUACCACCUAUAUUCAUCCAUUUUGCUCGUUUGUGAUUUUAAA